ACCAUCAUCAUGACUUCGUGUUUGAUUAGAACGGCAAAAUGCAUUUGUAAUGUUAAAAGGUUCCCAGCUGCAAGAGCGUCGUGUAUAGCGAACAAUUUUAUUAAUCGGCCUUUAUAUCGAGAUUAUUCAGUUACACCCAAGCAAAACCCGACACAUAAAAUGGAUAGGACUUUGCCACAUGUAUUUAAGUACGUAGAUGAGAAUGUGGCUAGUUACAAGCAACUUUUAAAGGAGGCGGUUGCUAUUCCGUCGGUGUCCUGUGAUAUCAAGUACCGCAAAGACUGCGUGCGAAUGGUGGAAUGGAUGCAGGAGAAGUUAAAGGCUGUUGGCGCAACCACUGAGCUCAGGGAUGUUGGUUAUCAGACUACUGAUGGCAAACAAGUAAAACUGCCUCCAGUUCUGGUAGGCGUUUUGGGAAAAGAUGUUAUGAAAAACACCAUAUGCAUUUAUGGUCAUCUGGAUGUUCAACCUGCAUUGAAGUCUGACGGAUGGGCCACUGAGCCCUUCGAGCUUGUGGAAAAGGAUGGCAAACUCUAUGGCCGUGGUUCAACUGAUGACAAGGGACCAGUCCUGGGCUGGGUACACGCCAUUAAUGCUUACAAAGGCGUUGGUGAAGAGCUUCCAGUCAAUUUGAAGUUCAUAUUUGAAUGUAUGGAAGAGUCUGGAUCUGAAGGAUUGGAUGCUUUACUCUUAGAGAAUUUGAAACCAGAGGGAUUCUUCAAAGAUGUAGACUAUGUGUGUAUAUCAGAUAACUACUGGCUGGGCACCACUAAACCUUGCAUUACAUACGGCCUGCGUGGUAUCAGUUACUAUUUCUUAGAAAUUGAGUGCGCCAAAAUGGAUUUACACAGUGGUGUCUAUGGUGGAACUGUUCAUGAAGCUAUGACGGAUCUUAUUUGGUUGAUGAAUGAGCUCGUGGACAAAGAUGGCAAGAUUCGUGUGACCGGUAUCUACGAUUCAGUUGCGCCGUUAACUGAAAAUGAGAAGAAACUGUACACGAACAUCGAUUUUGAUACUGAUGCUUACAGGAAAUCAAUUGGUGCUCCGAAAUUAGCUCAGAACGGCAACAAGGAACAGCUGCUCAUGCAUCGUUGGAGAUACCCCAGCCUUUCACUUCACGGCAUUGAAGGUGCUGCCUUCCAACCGGGCGCGAAGACUGUUAUUCCCGGCAAAGUUAUUGGCAAGUUCUCGAUAAGAAUCGUACCCAACCAGGAGCCCGAAGAAGUAGAGAAACUAGUGUUUGACUUCAUCAACAAGAAGUGGGCUGACAGGGGUUCGCCUAACAAGAUGCGUAUUACGGCUCAGAGUGGCCGUGCAUGGACAGAAAACCCCGACCACCCUCACUACCAGGCUGCGGCGCGCGCUACCAGACUUAUCUAUUUAACGGAGCCGGACAUGUCCCGCGAAGGAGGUUCGAUCCCGGUGACGAUCACGCUGCAGGAAGCCAGCGGACGCAACGUGCUGCUGCUGCCGAUGGGCGCCGGCGACGACAUGGCGCACUCGCAGAACGAGAAGAUCAACGUGCGCAACUAUAUUGAAGGAAUAAAGUUGUUCGCAGCUUACAUGUUCGAAGUGAGCAAGCUGUCUAAGUCAGAGAAGUAAAGUUUAAGCUGAGGGCAAGGACGUUUCGUGUAAGCAGUAUGUUCAAAGGAUUGCCUUCAUUCCAACCUUAAAGUACAUACACAUUGCAUAAUGUAUGUUUUAUCUUGCAUAAUAUGUCUCGGUGCCUUAUUCUUACAUUUGGACAGUGUAACUUAUU